AUGGCACAGGGACAUGUUGUUCACGGGCAGCUCGCUGGCGGGGAUGAGCUCCUCGGCCUGUCUAGCGCCCAGCGUCAUCGAUUCCAUCAGUACGAGAAGAUCGUGCGAUUCUCAGACACGAUUCUAUCUGGUAAACACCCAAGCAUCAAGCCUCCGGCUAAUCUGAUUGCAUCUGUGCAAUCUUCCAUCCACCCAAUAGAUGUCACCAUCGAAAAUGGUGCUUCCAACUAUCAGCCAGACGAGUCGCAGUACUCUGUCGCGAAAACCCAGCAGCCGGGCGCGUCAAGAUCUGGCCUGCCUGCCAUACCCCCUAGCACAACCAAAGUCAGCAAACCUUACGGGUCUGGGACUGUUGAGAUCAAUCCUAUUUUCCUAGAAAAGUCGGACGAUCUUGUCAAGGCAGAGUUUCAAUUGCAGCGGCAGAGACUGGAGCGUACUUUGAGGGACGAGGUUGAGCAACGGCGGGCGGCAGUCAAGAAUGCUGCUCAGGGAGAGCCUAUUCCCGACUUCGACCUUAAUGACGUGUUGACCAAGGCUCUGAAACUCGUCGAAGCCACUGCCGGGCCUGCUCCUGAUGAUGACAAUCCUGCUACUACUAACCUCGAGACUGCAAGUGAUUCCUUUGACGACAACACCUUCUACUCGUCCCAGCACAACACCCCAUCCUCGGUUCUCACGUCCCGCGUCCGCAACGAGUCCGAAGAGGCACGAGGCCUAGACACUAUCGAUUCACAGCCGCUGAGCAGCGCCCGCAAUGUCGCUACUUCGCGAAUCCAUCCCAUUGAUGUUGAUCUGGAGACGAGCGAGCCGAGCGCGACACGGCCGCGUCAAGCCUACGCCAACCCAUCUACCAACAAUGGUGCCUCGAGCAUAAACAAUACGUCACAUGUUGGGCGAGUCCCGGGCUUGACAUCGUUUGCCGAGGACAGGAUUGUUUCAGCCCAGGACACAGGUGCUGGGCCAAGCCAUUCUGAGGACUCGAGCAACACGGAGAUCGACCGGCAUAGGGGCAGCAAUAGAUCCAAUCCCCGCCGGCAGCCCCGUGAACAUUACAUUGACAGCCGUCCCCCUUCUCCUCUCAUGAGAGCACAUGAGCGGUCUGCUCAAGCAUCACCAUUGACAGCAGCUAGACGGGCGCCCAUGGCCGCUGAAGCAACUUCAAACUCAUCCAGAGGUACACCUGCACAAGUUGCUGCUCUUAGAAACGAGCCUAUCACUGUGACCAGCCCAGAAAGCUCACCCCAAGGCGGAGGAGCAUCCGAGAAGAAGAAGGGAAAGAAGAAGAAGCGGAAGGCGGACAGGCAAGCGCCCGAGGCCGAGCCAACUCCGUACAUCAAGCCAGAGCCACGAUCUCCAUCUCCCAUGAGUGCUCCCUCUUACAUCCGCCCCAACAAGCGCCAAAGGUACACACAGCGUCAACCAGAGGAUCCCAGCUACGAAGAUGUCAGAUAUGAGCGCCAGACUGGCGAUUACCCCCCAGAACCCCUCUCGAGCCGUCUAGGAACAGAUGACCGAAUGCCGAUAGGGUACGACAGACCGAGCCUCUCUUCUCGACGUGCGGUAAGCACUGCGGUUCCUGGCAGCACUGUCUAUAGGAGGGAAUACACCGAUGAUCGCUACGCACCCGGCGGCCCGAGAACCGUCAGUGGGGAGAGCAAGCUCACAGGUUCGGCCAAGCGAGGGUCAUCAACGUCCAUGGCCAUAUCACGGGUCCUAUGA